CUUCAGGAGUUGCCAUCAUCACAUGGCAGAUGGAAAUUUCCACUCAGUCUCCUUGCUUGUUAAAUGGGAAGGGUCUCCAACUCUUGUCUCCACUAGUGCGCCUCCUCCUCCGCCUGCUACAGCUGUCCGCCACACUGAAACAUUAGGUCUUCUUUAAGACGUCGAGCAGAGGUUGAGAAAGAAGCACAUCACCACCUUGUGAAAUCUAAACCCUGACUUACUGAAAACCCAACUUCUCCGCCUCUCGCCUUGCUCUGCACCACAAUGCCGGGAGCCAUGGAUCGUAUGGAACUAAAGAAAGUCUCCACAGAGGGUGAUGAUGACAGCACAGACAGCCUGGACGACCGCUUCACAGAGCCCAUCGACUCUGAGAAGGCCACCAUUGACAGCCAGUUUAUGGAUGACAAUGAUGACGGAGAAAGCCAGAAGUUCCUAUCAAAUGGAAUAAUGAAGAAGAAGAAAUAUGAGGAAUACCAUGAAGAAUAUCACCCUGGCCACACCUCCUUUGGGAUGUCUGUCUUCAACUUGAGCAAUGCCAUCAUGGGCAGUGGCAUCCUGGGCCUGUCUUUCGCCAUGGCAAACACCGGCAUCGUGCUCUUUACAGUCCUCCUCGUGGGUGUGGCCAUCCUCUCCUUAUAUUCUGUACAUCUGCUUCUUGUGACAGCUAAAGAAGGAGGAUCUCUUAUCUAUGAAAAGCUGGGAGAGAGAGCAUUUGGUUGGCCUGGGAAAAUGGCAGCGUUCGGAUCCAUUAUUAUGCAGAAUAUCGGAGCUAUGUCCAGCUACCUCUUUAUCGUGAAGUAUGAGCUGCCUGAAGUGAUCCGUGCCUUCCUGGGUUUGGAGGAAAUCUCUGGUGAAUGGUACCUGAAUGGGAACUACCUGGUGGUGUUUGUGUCGAUCGGAGUCAUUCUGCCUUUGUCUCUCCUCAAAAAUCUUGGCUACCUGGGCUACACUAGCGGCUUUUCCCUUUCCUGCAUGGUCUUCUUCCUGGGUGUGGUGAUCUACAAGAAGACCAUUCUGCCCUGCCCUCUUCCAUUCUUUUACCACAAUUCAGCCAACCUCAGCAUGAACGCCUCGCAUAUGCCUGGGUUGUACCCUCCCCUGAAUAGCUCAGCACAAAUGGAUUUCUCCCGAGCUGACGUUUCCCCGGCGGUGCUUGGCAGCCAUGACGCCCAUCACUCCACUGGCGUCCAUGUGGAGCCUCACCCCGACGAUGAGGAGAUGUGCACACCCAAAUACUUUGUCUUCAACUCUCAGACAGCGUACACUGUGCCCAUCCUUGCCUUCGCCUUUGUCUGCCAUCCUGAGGUCCUGCCCAUCUACAGCGAGCUGAAAGACCGCUCCCGGAAGAAGAUGCAGAACGUCUCCAACUUGUCCAUCUUGACUAUGCUCAUCAUGUACAUGCUGUCAGCGCUGUUUGGCUACCUCACCUUUUAUGACAAUGUGGAGGCAGAGUUGCUCCACACCUUCACCAAGGUGUAUAAAUUUGACACCAUGUUGCUGCUGGUGCGUUUGGCUGUUCUCACUGCCGUCACCCUGACUGUCCCCAUCGUCCUGUUCCCUAUCCGCUCCUCCAUCACCACGCUGCUGUUCAGCGGUCGAGAGUUCAGCUGGACUCGCCACAUGCUGAUUGCCGCCUCCAUCUUGGCCUUCAACAACAUGCUGGUCAUCUUCGUCCCCACCAUCAGGGACAUCUUCGGCUUCAUUGGUUCCUCUGCGGCCACUAUGCUCAUCUUUAUCCUACCUGCUGCCUUUUACCUCCGCUUGGUAAAAUCUCUCCCAUUCCGCUCCCCACAGAAGAUCGGGGCGUUCAUCUUCCUAGUCGUGGGAAUCGUCUUCAUGAUUGGCAGCUUGUCACUCAUCGCCCUCGACUGGGUCCACAACCCCCCGGGCUCCAGCAGUGGUCACUAAGCCCCCUCUUCCAUCCUGAGAUUCACAUUUACGAGUGCAGCGAACCACCUCUACAGCCACCCCCCACCCCAUCCCAUCCCACCGUGUCUCUUCUGGUUUGUCUCUGCUGGUCCAACAUUUGGGAGCAGGGUUCAUCUACCGUUCCCUUCCCUCAAUGAAAUCACAAAUAUCAAUCAGAUAACCUCAGCAUACGGGCAUAAUGUGCUGCACCUGGUUCAGACAUCUUCAGUCCCCCCCCCCCCCCCAGAGAAUAUCAAUGGAGGGGAUUUUUUUGUUUGAUUACUUUCUUUCUUUCUUUAUGUUUUUGCUCUGGAUGAGACACAGAAUCAAAACUUGGAGAGGGGAAAACAGACUCUGGUUAAAUGUGCCACCAAGACAGCCUGAAAUCAUCGUCAUCUUCCUUAUUAUUUCCACCUAUGAAGAGACGGAACAUACUGCGCAGCCCUCGCCUGCAGCAGAUAUGUGAACUGCGAUUUGCAGGGCUGGAAAGACGAUUCAAGUCCCUCAGUCCUCUGUGCACUUGAAGGAGACAUUUGGAGGGGGAGUGUGUCGUCCUCUAUGAAACAAGGAGCACUUCUAGCAUUACUUUUGACUUUGUGUAUAGAGCUAACACACACACACACACACACACACACACGUAGACAUAGUAAAACACAUCUCCACCUGUAUUUUCAAGCAACUAUCCAUGAAAAAUUCCUGAAAUUAACCAGGCAGUCGACUCGUCUCAAAACAGCGGUUCAUCAAAAAUUUAAUUCAACCAUGUAGAACUUUUAUUCAGGAAAAAUGCUGCUCAGCUACAUGGUAACAAUCAGAAGCCUCGCCAAAGUCUACAUGCACAUAAAGUUUUUAAGUCAAUCAGGUUCAUGCACACUCUUAAGGGUCUUCCUUGCCGGCUGUUUUUAUCCUGGCUGUGUACACGAAGCAAGAAGGUGCUUUCAGUAUUACUGUCACAGAGGGAUCUGAACAUGCAAGGUAUCAUUUUACAUAACUAAGUGUGUCUACUGAAAAAAAAGAGUGUUGUACAAAAUAUCAUACUUUGCUUCAUACCAUUUAGGUUGUAUGAAGCUAAGUGAUUAUUUCCAACAUGCAGUACAUACACCUGCUGGAGUAAUUUAUUAGGCUCUUUGAAUAGCGACUGGACAGCUAGGUGUAUUUAAAACCAUUUGUUGUUAUUUUUAUAGAUACUUGACAAAAAUGUGUAUGAAAAACAGUUUAAAAUAUGCAGUUGCAACUGCGCAAGGAAAAACAAUUCAACCAAAAAGAGCCAAACAUGAAAUAAUCCAUUUUAAAAUGAGUUUAGAAAUUUAAGAUAUUAAGGUUGUCAUUAAAUAUUUUCAACUUGUGCCAAAUUAUUCUCACCAACACUGUUAGAAAACCAACAUUUUCCUCAAAAGGUAAUUUCGGAAUGGCCUUAGUUCUAUUUUUCAACUUGAUUAUUUGCUAUUCAGCUUAAAAGAAGUUUGACAUUUUGGAAAACGUUCUUAUUCACUUCCUUGUCAUCUUAAUGCUAAACAUGAAGCUAGCGUAACAGCCAGCAGGCUAUUAGCCUGGCAUAAAGACGAUUUUACAUUUUGGUUUUCAUACAAAGUCGACUUAAGAGAUAUAAUGUUUCAGCUGAAAAGAUUUAUAGUUGCUAGUUAGCGGAUUUUAACUUUGAACUGAGCAAGACAUGAAAGUGGUCUCGCCAGCAGCAAAUAGGUUUUAUUUUUCAAAAAAAAUUCAAAGUUUUCCUUUUAAGAGUAGAGAUUUGGGAGAAGCUGGAUGAUAAACGGUAUCACACACAUCAUGACACUUGCUGUAAUGUAGGAGCUAGCGUAAAUAUUGAUACAUUAACUUGCAGAGAAUGUGACCCAUUUAAAAAGUCUAAGACUGUUAACCAAGCUCAAUCAUGUAUUUAACUAAAAUCCUAAAAAUUCUGUCCAUAAACGGUCAAAGUUCACCAAAAAAUAUGUUUAGUUUUACUGUACUAGUGUGUUUGGGUCACUUCAUCUGCUUGAUUGACAAGAUAGUUCAUUUAUUAAUCUCAGUGGAUUGAUUAUCAGGUAGUAACAUAGUUUCGCUCUGUAGUUACACACACAGUCAAUAAUCCGAUUAAACUCCUGACAGGAACAUUCUUUGAAAUGGUGCCUUUGGAUUGUACAUGUUAUAAUUGGCUUAUACCGGUGCCUUUGGUAGAAUCAUUGACAACAACACCCAAACCUCAUUUCACCUCUUCUCCGAAGCUGUUAUGUGUCACGAACACAUCCAGCCAAAGUGGACAACAUUUAUAGAUCCUUUGCGGAUCUAUGUACAUGAAACAAAUUGAUAUUUCAAAUGAAAUAGUGUAUUAUGUGCAUGUUUUUGGAUUACAACAUGGUCUUUUUGGACAAUUGUAUAUGCUCUGUAAAUAAUCUUUAUUUUAUGGUACACUGACACACAUUGUCUGUGACUGGGUUGAUGGGGGAUUCUGCCUUACAAGACUUCUGCAAUCCAGUGUUUGUUUUAGUAUAUAUAUAUAUAUAAAUAUUAUAUCGUGUAUUAGA